UGAUUGGACCAGCGCCCAGGGCACGCUCAGGGCGGGAGCCUGAGCUGGGAAGGACAGAGGCCGCGGGUGCCCGGCUGCUGGCUGCUGAAGCCAUGCGGUGCCAGCCCUGGAGGUGGGCUCUGCCCUGGGAGGUGCUCCUGCUUCUCCUCGGUCCCCAGCUCGCAGUGACUCAGGGCCUGAGAACCCAAGAGGAAUAUGACAGAGAUGUCAAAGAUGUCAUGAGCCAGUAUUUCCCGGCCACCGUGGAGUACGCACUGCACACGUUCAACAUCCAGAGCGAGGACACGAACGCCUACAGGCUGGUGCGCAUCCUGAAUUCCUGGACAGAGACGACAGUGGGUAUGAUCCAAUUCUCCAUGGAGCUGCUGCUUCACAGAACCAAGUGUGGGAAAUUUGAAGAUGACAUCGACAACUGCCCCUUCCAGUCAAGUCAACAGCUGAACAAUAUUGUCACCUGCUUCUUCACCAUCGGCACUUACCCUUGGGAAACACAUUUUGAACUACUAAACAAGACCUGCUUGGAGGGGUUCCCCUGAGUUCUACAUCCCUUCCUGGCCUCUUCAGAACACUAGCAUUCCUGUAGGUGGCCUGCGGUGGCUGAGCAGCACCAAGAUCUGUGUUGCCUUUCUCUGCAGGAGUCUGGGUCUCACGUACACGCGUGGUAGAAUUCCUCCCUGCACACUCUCAUCCUGUAGAUCAUUAAACAUCAGCAUU